CAAUCAAAAUGUCAUAACAAAAAUUUAAAGUGAAUGAAAUAAAAAAGAAAAGUUAAUAAAAUAUAAAAAAGAUAGUUUAAUAAAACCAAUAAAAUGUAUAUAACUGCGUCAAUCAGAUCUUUGACCCCAGAAGAAUUACGAAUUAGAAGAAAAGCGCUUCGAGACGCUAUAGUCUGUAUCGGUUGGUUAAAAGUAUUGUCAAUAAUAUGUUACUUAAGUCUGUACAUGUUGGUGGUGGAACACAGUAAAGGAACCUGGUCCACUGCCAUACAGAUGAUGAUAUUAGUAAUUAUACCUGUACAAAUUCUCAAUGGACUAUUACUGUUCUGGGGUGCUACUGAAGCAAAACUAUCGGCUUUAGAAUUCGCGGUAUGGUUGUGUGUAUUAAUAGCAGCCUACAAUACUGUUUUGGGUGUAAUUGGAUGUAUAUACUUCAUAAGAAUCGGAUCCAUGUUUAUACACUUCUUAAUGGCUUUUAUAUUUUCACUUUUGUCAUUGUCCUUAUUUACUGUAUUGUGCCAUGACGUAAUAGUUAUCUAUACAUUUAUAACGCUGGCCAAAUCUCCGCAAACCUUCACACAGCCUCAAGAGAUAAUAAUUUCCGUACCAGAUCUGCCCCCUCCUGGUCCGAAAAGUAUCACUCAUAAGCCCUGAAAUGUUGGUUAUGUCACGAUAAAUAAUUGUAAUCAUGUAUAUACGUUUUUUGUUAUACACUAUAGGUGGAAAUCGUAAA